UUGUGAAGCUUCAUGGAUGUUGUAUUGAUGGAGGUCAGCUAUUGCUGGUCUAUGAGUACAUGGAAAACAAUAACCUUGCACGAGCAUUGUUUGGUCGAGAAAAUCAUCUUAAACUGGACUGGCCAACAAGUCGUAAUAUUUGUAUUGGGAUAGCAAGAGGACUAGCUUUUCUCCAUGAAGAAUCUGUACUUAAAAUUGUUCACCGAGACAUCAAAGCUACUAAUGUGCUGCUUGAUCGGGACUUGAACCCUAAAAUAUCCGACUUUGGAUUAGCAAAGCUUGAUGAAGAGGAGAAGACGCACAUGAGCACCCGAGUUGCUGGGACCAUAGGAUACAUGGCACCAGAAUAUGCAUUAUGGGGUCACCUGACGUACAAAGCAGAUGUUUACAGUUUUGGAGUAGUGGCCUUGGAAAUUAUUAGUGGGAAGAACAACAAUAAUUAUAUCCCAAGUGAUGACUGGGUUUGCCUUUUAGAUUGGGCUUGUCAUUUGCAACAAACCGGAAACUUGUUGGAGCUAGUUGAUGAGAAGUUAGGGUCCGAGGUCGACCAAAAAGAAGCGGAGAUCAUGGUUAAAGUGGCUCUGAUUUGUACAAAUGCCUCUGCAUCACUUAGGCCUAGCAUGUCCGAGGUGGUGAGCAUGCUUGAAGGACAAAUCCCUGUUCCUGACGUGAUCCCAGAACCAAGAACCUAUAGAGAAGAUUUGAGGUUCAAGGCCAUGAGAGACCUCCACCGGCAGAGGCAAGAUCAUAGUUCAAGUAUCAGUGGAACACAGCGUUCAACUACGGUCCACACAUUCGAUUCUACCUCUACGUCCGGCCUUGAAUUCUCUGAAAUCAAUCCAGACUCAACGCCCUCUUGACAGUUGUGGACAUUCUGGUUCUAUAGUAGCAAGUAUGUUGUAGUCUUCGGAAACGCAUAUGCAGAUUAGCUGUGUCCAUAUUUUCUUUGCUGUACAUAUUUUGUUCAAUUUUCUAUUAGCUUUAUUCGUUCCAUGUUUGUAUCGGAAACAACAAUAAUAACAAUAUCAAUGUUAUUCAAUUGAAGAUUCAAUUUAAUUAGUUCACUCGUUUUCCUCACCAAAGACUGAAUAAUUUCUGCUGUAAAUUUCUACAAAUUAAUAGAAACGUUGAAACUGUAACUGCAA